AGUCACGAUCGCGCGAUAAAUAGGAUGGUCGAGUCGGAAGUGGCUAACUUCAGAUAUAUGAGUAUAUGUGAUGUCGAUUAUACCAUACCACAUGGUAACGGUGGUAAAAUGGCUUCGCCUAUUCCCUGUGUUGCUGUGAGAGGUUCUACUGGUAUAAAUCUGGCACAAGGCCCACCAUCUUAUGAGCCAGUCAAAACAUUUCCCAAAGAUGAGAGCAAAACUUGUAAGGCUAUGCUGUUUAGCCCAGACGGUCGAUAUUUUGCAUGGGUUAAUGAUGUUGGUAUUAAAAUUUUACUAUGUGAAACUUGGAAGAUCAUUGCUGAAAUCCCACGACUUAAAGUCUGUGCCAUCCAAUUUUCUACUCAUGGCACAUAUCUCGCGACUUGGGAACCAACCUUUGUAACACAAGCAAGCCCUCAAGGAACACUGAACCUUCACAUAUGGAAAUCUGAAAAUGGCGAGCUAGUUCAUAGUUUUGUACAAAAGAAACAGAUUAAUUGGGAGCCACAAUGGUCAAGUGAUGAAAAGCUUUGUGGAUUAUUGAAUGGUGCAAAUGUUCUUUUGUAUGAAGAUAACAACUUUGAUAGAUAUGUACACAAGAUAAGUGUAGCCAAAGUUGCGAAAUUUAGUAUAGCGCCUGGCAAUUCUCCGUACCACAUUCUCUGUUAUAUGCCUGGAAAAGCUGGUCAACCUUCGUUUGGAAGAUUAUUUAAAUAUCCAAAAUUUGAAAUUGGAGAAGCUCUUGCGAACAAAAGCUUUUUUCAGGCAGAUAGAGUUGAUGUUUAUUGGAAUGAACGUGGAACAAACGCGUUAUUGAUGACAAGUACUGAAGUAGACAAAAGUGGUGCAUCAUAUUAUGGAAAACAGACGUUGCAUUAUCUCAGUACGAAAGGGGAUACAGCUAUGGUUAUGCUUAGUAAAGAAGGUCCUAUACAUGCAGUAGAAUGGUCUCCCAAGAACACGGAAUUCUGUGUUGUAUAUGGUUUUAUGCCAGCGAAAGCCACAUUGUUUAAUCUCAAGUGCGAAGCCAUUUUUGAGUUCGGCACGUUACAUAGAAAUAGUGUGUAUUACAAUCCGCACGGCAACAUAUUGCUUUUGGCUGGUUUCGGCAACCUCAGAGGCGGUAUUGAAUUAUGGGAUAUCGCAAACAGGAAACUUAUUGCCAAAAUUGAUGCACCUGAUACGACGUUACUGCAGUGGUCACCGGACGGCGAGCACUUUAUGACGGCAACUACAGCACCUAGAUUGCGAAUGGGCAACGGAUUUAAGAUUUGGCAUUAUACUGGCUCGCUAGUGUAUCAACGACCGUGGAAUAAUCAAGAAGAACUGUGGGAAGUUCUCUGGCAAAAUUUCCCUCUCAAUGCUUUCUCACAAAAACCUAUUAGUUAUAAAGCAGUCGAGGGUAUUGUCACUAGUCCUACUCAAUCGCAAGCCUCGAAAGAAGCGUAUAGACCGCCGUGUGCCAGAGGACAAAAUAUUACGUUUAAACUGCAUGAUGAUAUAGAGCCACCUUCUAAACCGGCUGUAGACUCGAAUCCAUCUAAGGCUGCACUAAAAAUGAAAAAAAAUCGAGAAGCAAAAAAGGCUAAAAAAGAAUUGGAAUCUAACAAUUCUACUGCCAAUGGACAAGUCACAACAACGAGCACAGCGAUAAGCACAAAAAUGGAAUUAACUGAUGAUCCUGAAAAGAAUAAAAAAAUAAAAAAAGUGAUGAGUAAAUUGGAUCAGAUUUCUAAACUCAAGGAACAGUUGAAAGCAGGGAAACAAUUAGAAAUCAAUCAACUCGAUAAGAUCAAGAAGGAAGAUGAAUUGUUAAAAGAACUUGAGGAACUUACCUUAAGAUAAACCAUUUAGAUGUCAAGCAGAAUUAAGUUUGUGAAUCGAAAUCAUCUUUUUUUGUAUGUAACAUAAUUAUGUGCACGAAAAGACUUUUUCUAAGUUCUUAUUUGUCUAAGUCUAAGACUUUAUUUGAGUAUAAAUCAAAAAUUUGUUAUUCUGAUAAUCUUGAGAAGCAGCGAAAUUUUAUCAAUUGGAAUAUAUGUGAAUUCUAUAAGUUGGACCAUGCAAUUUCGAUAAAAUUAAACUCGAAUCUCUCGAGGUGUGUAAAUUUUUGACAUUGAAUCCAAACAUGGAUUCAUUUAAAUAAGUAUAAUUCCUGGGUAAGAGUAGAUGAUCAUUAUUAGUUUCAAUAAAUAGAAAAUUGCUGAGAUACAGUGUGCUCUACACAAUACUGUUAACUGAUUAUAUAUUACUUUUUUUAUUUUACUACAUAUUGGUAAUAAAGAUGAUACAGUAUAUUUACUAUCAAUCUUAACGAAAAAUUUUGAAUUGUGUGCAAUCUAAUAAUCAUUAUCAAUAUAAGAGUGAAAGCUGUUUACUCAUUAGCUAAAAUCUCUCUACUAUAGUCAAAAAUUAUACUAUAGCUAAAAACUAAUCAGAGUUUUUUCAACAGAAACAUGUUAUCAAUGUAUAUUGAGUUCACCUGUACUCUAUAUAAUUUUUUUUGAUUUUGCAAAAGUAAUUUCAGGACUUAAUGUGAUUGCUUCAUUUACAAUACGAUUUCACGUUUACAAUAAAGUAGAUUUUGUAUUUAAAUUUGAUACAUUAUGUAUAAGAAUAUCAUCUAAUGUCGCAUUUUGCGAAUCAAAACUGGUACAAUUUGGAGGUAUCGAUCGCUAUAAAGUUUUGAAAAACAUAAAUUUCGAUAUUAAUUCUCUUUCGUACUUCGUACAUUUAAAAUUUGCUUUAUAACAUAUUGAUAUUGUAAUGUUCUAAGGCAUUUAUACUUUCUCAUAUGUGAUGUACUUUCAAUAUAAAUUUUCCUUACAAUUUUUAGAAAGCUGUAGAUACAGAUAUAAUUAGUUAGCAUAAUUAAUAAAUAUAAAUAAAGCACUUGAUGAUUAGAAUGAUUUUUCAAAAGAACAGAGUUUUAGUUGAGUGGGAGAUAAUAAAAGUUGAAACAAGAGUAUGUACUUGUAGCGAUGAAGCUGUAAUAUAUAUAUAUAUGAUGAAUAUGUAAAAAUUACAUAAAUAAAAACUACGAUCGAUCCAAGAAGAGUCUUCACAACGUAGACAUAGGAGUAUAGGAACAAUAAUUACGUAUGUUAUGUACAGUCAGAUAAAAUUUAUGAGAAUAAAUUAUUAAACAAAA